CAAAGCAGAGAGUUGUAUAUAUUCAUCAAGGUUCUGGUUGCAUAGGCAUUUCUGUAUACAUUUCUCGCUACUUUGUCUAAAACAGGCAUAGGGCUAUUAUAGGUAGGUAGCUCAAUAAUACUUGCCCAGGAACUUGGAAGCUAUUAUCAACUACCCUUGAUAACCAAAACCAACACAUAUGUAUCUCGGCUUUAUUGGAUAAGGCCACUUGAACGGUGUAGAUCUCAGCCUCGACAGGGUCAUUCCUAAACAGACCAGUAAUCUAGUUGCAUCUACGCGUUAAUGCGUGAAGGGGGGACAGCAAGGUUUGCACCUAUACUUUUAUGUACCAAAAGCAAGAAAUCUGUAUGAAGUUCGUUGGCUGCUAGAACGCGUUGUAAGAAAGCUGGGGUAGGUGUAGCAUCUGCUUCUCCUUAGCUUUGAUGCGAUUGUAUUCUAUGGCUAUCUCGGCCUGUGGUAAUAAGGAGAGAUUCAAGUCGGAGUUUUGGGCGGAGAGGCAUAAAAUUUGGCUGAGCCUUGUUACAAUUCCCACGAGGAAUAGUAAUCCCAUCGAGACAAGCGGUGUUUCAUCCCACUCACGUCAACCUAGCCUUGUCCUAGAUCACAUCAGCAAACAGCGGUUGGGAAAAUCAUGAGGCUGAAUUUUUAAAAUAAACCAAUAACUACUAUUAACUAGCCCCGUAUUUUGAAGUAAUGGUGUGGCUUGUGCUCGCUUCCCGAGCCUUGCGUUGCACGCACAUGGUCGAUCGGUUCAUUGAUCGUAUUUUUGUAAAUCUUCCAUGGCUGGUUCGCUUGGUUUCGGGUCUGGUUUCGGUGGCUGACACGAGGCUCUCUCUACGAUGCGACGUCAGAUCUGGGAUCAUUAGGUAAAAGUUUAUGGUUGCGAAUGUCUUGGCUUCUUGUCUUUCUUUAUUCCCCCUUUGGUCCUUUGGGGGCCCUUUUCUUUUUGUGUGUGUGUAUUUUGCGGUCUGGCUUGAGCCAACCCUGCUUUUUCACUGCUAUGACCAUUCCCGAAAUCCCGUCAGCUUGUCAGAUCCAAGGGGUCCGAACGCCGCUAGACACAUGAUGAGGUUCGCGCCCAGGUGCCAUGCAUACAGAUUUGUUGGAUAGACAUCUUAAACAUACGACCGACGUCAGUGGAGACAAUGUGGGAACAUUGAAUCUGUUGUCUUGGAAUGGCUGGUAAAAAGGUGCCCAGUGUGGUUAUAAUUAUGUAGCUAGGUACUGUAGGUAUUGCAGGUAUUGCGUGUGUGCAUCUGUAUUUAAAAGUGCGGCUGACCAAGAUUGGGAAGAUUGGGAAGAUUGGGAGAGA